AUGCCAUCAACAGAUAUGGAAAGACAAAAACCACCACCCACCGACGAUAGCGACUCUGGAGAGAAUCAACAAUUGCAGAUCCGAGGCUUGCUCCAGAGUCCGAAACAACCCAGUAUCCCGCCACCAUCCCCACCAAUAGAUACGUCUCGUGAUGGUACCGAUCAGCAUCCUUCUGCAGCUGCAAUAGCGGCUGCGUCGACCCUACGCGCGGCUUUCAGACCCGAGGCAAGUGGUAAUUUGCGCUCGGUAACUCCGGACAAUGUACCUGAUGGCCGACGACUUGGUGCCAGCGCAUUUGACAACUCGACCUUACCCAUGCCUCGAGAUGCGCCGCAUGGUUCUCCUUUGGCUGUUCCAGGCAGCGCCAGUCGGCGCCAGGGUAUGGUGUUCAAUGACAGCUUCGAGGACCCUUCCUACGACGUAACCGAAACUGCAGCAAACCACCUUACCCAGCAAGCUGGCGCGCAGCAGCUUUCUCAACAGCAGCAGCAGAGGCAUUCUAAUGCGCCAGUACGACCGCGAACGAGGACAUUGGAUGCCGCCAUGCUAAUGCAGCAACGGGCGCCGGCAAUCACGGACCAAAGACACAGGGUCGGCAGUGUCAGCUCAUCCGGCUCACAACCUCUACUUGACGACCAGAGGUCGUCCAUCCCUGCGGUCGAGGUUGUAGGCUACUCGUCAACAAACGCCUCGCGGCUCCAGGAGCCGUCAACACCACAGACACCAUCCAAGUCAAAGGAUAAGAAAUCUAGCAAGCGGCUGUUGAAACGACAGGCAUCCCGGCCAUCUUCGCCUGUGCCCAUUCCGUCUCCUUCCGUUGACUCAUUUCCCUUGCCUAUUGAUACCCCAGAGCCAACGAAGCUGAUCAUGCUGAUGAAGACACUGGGUGGCCGGAUGCGAGGCGAAAUCAUGUAUCAAUCACAAGACGAGGAGGGCGUUUGGCACAGCGGCAUUGCCUACAUUGAUGACGAAAAAGCCUGCCUUAUGUUUAAUUCGGGUCAAGCAGGACCGUUUUUCACAACCAUCAUUUCCGACCUUCGAGGCUGCAUUGUUCUUCCCAUGACACAUCCAGAAGAUGGGAAGGAUUGUCUAGAGCUUCUCGCAACUAGCCCAACCACUGAAAUGUAUUUGCGACCUGUGGUUCCGGAAGAGUGGAACUUGUGGCUUGCUGCAUUCUUAUGUUGGCAGCAAACAAGAUCACCAGCUCUGAAGGUGCAGAAUGGAGCUGGGAACAGCAGUCCUUCUGGUAUUGUUGGGCCACCGAUAACCAAAGCAGCAACGGCUGCGGAUGGGUCUAAAGCUGCCACCAUCAUCAAGGUCGGGACCAUCUUGAUGUGGGAUAAGGGCCCGACGAGUUCCGCGAAUGAUCUCGUGCAGCGAUCGUCCACCAGAGAUACUUUGUCGCCCGGUGCCUCUUGGAGAAGAAUAUCUAGCAUUCUCCAGGACAAUGGUGAAUUGAAAUUGCUGAUAGAGAAUGAGAUUUCCUCACUGUGCGCUAUACAACUGUCACAGUUAUCGAGAUGUGCAAUCCAGCAAUUGGACCACACGGUACUAGACGAGGAAUUUUGUCUUGCUAUUUUCCCCAUAUAUGCCAGCACAGCAACACACUUAUCCAUAUUUCGUCCAAUCUAUUUGGCUUUGGAUAGUCGUGUUCAGUUCGAAGUGUGGUUCGUGCUGCUUCGGGCCUUCGCUGUACCAGAGUUGUACAAACUGGAUGCCAACGAUCAAGAGUCUAUACAGGAAGUGGCUGAUCUGGAAGAGGAAAAGACUAGCGAGGAAACGUUCCGAAUAGAGAAAACCAUUGGUGUACGAGUAACGGAAGCAAAAGUUAAGGCACGGCCCACGAGCCUGGAGACACAGGCGCAUGAGAGGCCUUUGAGAGUCGGACAAGAUCCUUUGAUUGGUAAUUAUGUUGCCGAAGUCAUUUUGGACGGCGAAGUCAGAGCAAGGACUACGACGAAGCUGGCAACGAAGAACCCAUACUGGAGGGAAGACUGCGAGUUUGUCGAUCUGCCGCACACCGUGCAAGAGGUAUCCGUUGUCUUGAAACGGACGGAUUGUGGCCCGGAUGGAGUAUCAGGGGCAACUGGAGCAGGACGCCUUGGUACCAGCCAAGAAGUGUUGUAUGGUACAGUGCACAUCGCCUUGGAUAAGCUUCAGCGUGGCAAGGACCACGAGGACUGGCUGCAAAUCAUGGAUGACAAGCAACAGCCGAUAGGUUCCAUGUUGAUCAAAAUCUCACAUGCAGAGCAGAUAGCCCUACUGGCCGCACAGUAUGAGCAGCUGUCCGAGCUCUUGCAUCGGUUUCCUUCGGGUCUGACAACCAUGAUAUCAGCAUCUCUGCCUGGUCAAUUGCGUCGCUUAUCAGAGAUUUUCCUCAAUAUAUUCCAAGCAUCUGGGAACGCGGCUGAGUGGCUGAUGGCACUUGUUGAAGACGAAAUCGAUGGCAUCGGAAACGCAACGUCUAUCAAGAAGUUCCGGUUCAGCAGCCGCUUAAAGUCAAACGAGUCGAUCGAGUCUGCUAGCGAUCGCGAACUGCUCGUGAGAGAUAUGAGCAAGUCACUUGCCGGCGAAGCCAAUCUCCUAUUCCGGGGCAACACCUUGCUAACACAAUCCUUGGAGUUUCACAUGCGUCGACUGGGCAUGGAGUAUCUGGAAGAGGUGCUGCAGGUCAAGAUUGCUGAAAUCAAUGAGCUGAAUCCCGACUGUGAGGUUGAUACUAGUAGAUUGCCUCAUUGCACCGGCGCGGACAUUGACCAGAGGUGGAAUCGACUGAUUCAGUAUACCACAGAGGUGUGGCACUGCAUUGCAGAAUCAGCGCAUUCUCUGCCGGGCGAGCUUCGACACAUCUUGAAGUAUAUCCGGGCUGUGGCGGAAGACCGAUACGGUGAUUUCCUCCGAACGGUUGCGUACACUGCGGUGUCUGGCUUCUUGUUCCUUCGCUUCAUUUGCCCAGCCAUCUUGUCGCCGAAGCUCUUUGGCUUGCUGCGUGACCAUCCGCGCCCUCGGGCUCAGCGAACAUUGACCUUGAUUGCCAAGGUACUGCAGAAGAUGUCCAACAUGUCGACCUUUGGCAAACGUGAGGAAUGGAUGGAGCCCAUGAACAGAUUCCUGACUUCUCAACGGCCCAUAUUCCGAGACUACAUUGACCAAGUAUGUGGGAUCCCCGCUGAACGCGGCGGAGUAAAGAGCGUCCCUCCUGCCUAUAGUACACCGAUUACUAUGCUGGGCCGCCUGGGUCCUACUGCCAAGGAAGGGUUUCCUAGCUUGCCGUACCUUAUCGACCAUGCGCGCAGCUUUGCCAGCUUAGUUCGCCUAUGGGUAGACUCACGACCCGACGAUGUUAAAAAGGGCCAAGUAGAUGGCGAGCUCCUCAUCUUCAACGACUUAUGCAGCGGCUUGCAAAAACGAGCUGAUGCCUGCCUAGCCCAGGUCCAACGCACGCGUGCCGCAAAUGCAGCGUCUCGCGGGGUAGCCGAACAACUAGCCGAGUCCCUCGAACAAGCCACGCUCAUCGAAUCCCUUAGCAUCCCUUACUCACUGCCGUCCGCAUCAAGCGACGACCGGCCACCCGGUAGCUCAGGCAGCGACGGUGGAGAUGAAGUCAAUCCUCGACGAAGAAGCAAGGAGUGGCGACGCGGCAGAGACGGCCUCGAGAGCAGAAAGGCCAGCGGACUUCGCCAGGUCAGUGGCAUGGGGUCUACGGGAACAACCAAGAGCAGCAAGAACGGCAAAGUGGGGAGGACUAUAUUGAAUGGCAUCAUGAGAAUAGGAGGCCGGGCAGAAAGUCCGGAUGCAAAGGGGUCCAGAUGA